AGGUCCAAUAUGAGUUUGUUUGGAACAACAUCAGGGUUUGGAACUGGAGGCACCAGCAUGUUUGGCAGCACAGCUACAGAUAACCACAACCCCAUGAAGGACAUUGAAGUUACUUCUCCUCCUGAUGACAGCAUUGGUUCCUUGGCUUUCAGUCCACCAACGUUGCCGGGUAAUUUCCUUAUUGCAGGAUCGUGGGCAAAUGAUGUCCGUUGUUGGGAAGUCCAGGAUAAUGGGCAGACUAUUCCAAAGGCACAGCAGAUGCACACAGGGCCUGUCUUAGAUGUUUGUUGGAGUGACGAUGGGAGUAAAGUGUUUACAGCCUCUUGUGAUAAAACUGCCAAGAUGUGGGACCUCAACAGUAACCAAGCAAUACAAAUUGCACAGCACGAAGCUCCUGUUAAGACUGUCCAUUGGAUUAAAGCACCAAAUUAUAACUGUGUCAUGACUGGAAGCUGGGAUAAAACACUAAAGUUCUGGGAUACGCGAUCACCAACUCCCAUGAUGACAUUGCAGUUGCCUGAGCGGUGUUACUGUGCUGAUGUGGUAUACCCCAUGGCUGUUGUGGCUACUGCAGAGAGGGGUUUGAUAGUUUAUCAGUUAGAGAAUCAGCCGUCAGAAUUUAGAAGAAUAGAAUCUCCGCUUAAACAUCAGCAUCGCUGUGUGGCGAUUUUUAAAGACAAAGUGAACAAGCCAACUGGGUUUGCCCUUGGAAGCAUUGAAGGAAGAGUAGCCAUUCAUUACAUUAAUCCGCCAAAUCCUGCCAAAGACAACUUCACCUUCAAGUGUCACCGUUCAAAUGGCACAAACACGUCUGCACCUCAGGAUAUCUAUGCUGUAAACGGAAUUGCUUUUCAUCCCGUCCAUGGCACUCUCGCGACUGUCGGCUCUGACGGUAGAUUCAGCUUUUGGGAUAAAGAUGCGCGUACCAAGCUAAAAACCUCAGAACAGCUGGACCAGGCAAUCUCUGCCUGCUGCUUCAACCACAAUGGCAACAUUUUUGCAUACGCUUCCAGUUACGACUGGUCGAAGGGACACGAGUUCUAUAACCCGCAGAAGAAGAACUAUAUUUUUCUGCGCAACGCCGCUGAAGAGUUGAAACCUAGAAACAAGAAGUAGUGAGUAUCAUUCAGACCGUCCUUUUUAGCACUGCCUUUUUGCCAUGUGCCACCGUUUGGUCUCCUUCUUGGCUGCCUGUUUUGGAUUGGUAAAUGGCCGCUCAGCGGGGACUCUGUGACUGAUAACCAAGCACAUUCUUAAAGGCUGGGAAAUGAUCUUUUGAGUGACUUCGUUGUAUGCUGCACAGCGCUGCCUGACCUGGGCGUGACAGCCCUGCAUCAGACCGAGAAGCACUGCUUGCAUCCUGAGUUAACUGCUUGU